CAGGCCAUACAUUCCAGAACAACCCAAAAGCAAUCACUGGCUAUGGAGUGGAUAACUCGAAUAGUAUUUCUACUUUUUUUCACUUGUACUCAACUUUAUCCUGCUUUAGGAGGUUCAGAAGACAUAUGGGGCAAUCCUUCGAAAGCAGAAAGUCUCCUUCAAGGAUUUACUCGAGCGUUACAAUAUUCUGGAGUCUUUACGUAUGAGCAAAUGGAUGACAUAUCAUCUAUUAGUGAUACCAUAAUGGACGCCAUAGAGAGAAGUACUCGCUCUAACAAAAACUCUAGAUCGAAACUACAAGCACUAAAUGCAGCUUUCGCCUCAUCAGUAGCAGAAAUAGCUGCUUCAACAGAGGGAGGGCAACCACUGUCGGUCAAGACUGAAGCAAUAAUUAAUGCAUUGGAAAGUGCAUUUUUGGAAACCUCAGGGUCAGUAGAUCAAGCAUUCUUAAACGAAAUAAACGAAUUAAUAACAAUGUUUACUGAAGAAGGUCUGAGCAAAGUCUCCGGAACAGAUGGUGGUUACAGUUCAAGCACAUCGAUCGCCGCUGACGCUAAUGGACAAGGAGGUUUUGGAGGUAGAAGUGGCUUCGGAUUUGGUGCUAGUGGUGGUGCUGCUGCUUCUGCUGCUGGAACAGGAUCUGAUAGAAGUGGACGAGGGCAAGAUGCUGCACCUGUUGCCGCCACCACCGCUGCUGUUGCAGCUGGAGCAGGAGGUUAUGGAUUAAGAGGGUACGAUAAUGAAUUAGGAUCUGCUUCUGCGGGAACUGCAGACGCCUUCCCUGCUGGAGCAGAAUCUGGUGCAUUAGGCCAAUAUUUUGGAAGUAAUUCUGCCGCCGACGCUGCUGCAGCAGUCACCGCUAGUGGACAAGGAGGUUAUGGAGGCAGAGACGGAUUCGAAACUGGUAUUAGUGGUAGCGCUGCUGCUUCUGAUGUGGGAGCAGGAUCUGGUGGAAGUGGACAAUACCAAGAUGUUGCAGCUGCAGCUACAGUCGCCGCUGCUGCUGGCGUAGGAGGUUAUGGAGGCAGAGGAUUCGGUGAUGGUUACGAAGUUGGUUCUGAUGGAGCUGCUGCUGAAGCAGGAUCUGGUACAGGAGGACAGGGACGAGGCUAUGACUUCAUAACUGAUGCUGCUGCUUUAGCGUCAGCUGCUGCUUCUGCUUUUGACUUAGGAGGAAGAGGAUAUGGAACUGGUUCUAACGCUGCUGCUUCAUCUUCUGCUGCUAGCAGUUCAUGGAUUGACACUUCAACUAUAUAUUCUACUAUUUCGCGAUUAUCAUCUUCUUCAUCAUCAUCUAGAAUUUCUUCUGCUGCUUCUGUUCUGGCUUCUGGGGGUACCUUCAAUGCUAAUGCAUUGUCUUCAGUUAUUUCAAGUCUGGUGUCUCAGGUUCGCUCCACAUCCGAUGCACUUUCUGGAUGUGAAGUCCUUGUUCAGGUUCUCUUAGAAAUUGUGUCAGCCCUUGUACAUAUACUGAAUUCAUCAAAAAUUGGUCAAAUUGAUUUGAAUUCGGUCAAUUCGUCUUCAGAUAUUGUCUCUCGCUCAUUGUUUGCUUUAGCUUGAAAUAGACUACGUUAUGUUUUUCAUUAUUUUGUUAAUGUAUAACUUUUUUUUUAUUCUUCUGUUACUGUAUAAUCUAAAAAUAAAUGCGUAUCUUGAAUGGUUUAAAA